UAGCAUACCAUGCAUCACUCAUUCUUUCUAUAUAACCUAUACCUCAAUCCAUGCAUGCACACUCCACCAAAACCAUUGUUGCAUAUACCCUUUACCCUAAAUUUAUAAGCACAUAAAUCUCAAUUACAUAACCAUGGACAUUUGGUCAUGGAUAUGUGACCUACCUAGUUCCAACUCACAACUCGUUUACGAACUCGUCUCUUCUGAUAACACAGUAACUAAGGGCAGCUCAGCUCGCUCGAUUCGACUCGAAACUAAGCAUUCCUCUGAGUUGAAUACAGAUUCAUGGAUAACUUUUUCAAUUAGUGUACAAGGAUUUCAUCCUGAUGGGUCUGAUAAGACAAUAUGGAUUUCCAGUCCUUGCUUUCUUUCUUCUCAUAAGCCUUUUCUACCACUUGUACUUCAACUUGUACAAGAAAUAAUAAACCGUACUCCUAUAACUUAUCAUGAUCAUAUUCAUACACACCAUGGAUCUCAACCUAUAAAGGUAAAAUCUGAUGCAAUAGCAUUGAUUCUUGAUACUUUUUCACCUGAAUCUUUUUCAGGUUUUUUCAAUAUAUUGCUAUUUACACGCUUGUUUUGGCUAUGUGCUUGUGAUGCUCCUAGUGAUGUCGGGUCAUUAUACUUCCAUUCUUUGUUAGCUCCAAACCUAGAACUAUUGUCACGUGCUAGUCACAUGCCAAUGGUGAAGAGUUUUAUGACAACUGUAGGUGUAGAUGUUGAGUUAAGCAUCUCACGUGCUGUUGGAUAUAUGCUAGCAAAAUGGUUGAUUGCAAGAGAGAUGAGAGUUGGAUUGUCAUCUUUACUACCUUUGCCUUCUAAUCUUGGGCUAUCUUAUGCUUGUGAAGCUAGUGGGAUUUGGUUGAUGAAAGGUUAUGUGCCAAUAUGGGCUAUGAAACGUACAUGUUCUAGUGAUAAAAGUGAAGGGUUUCUUUUUGUUGGGGCUAAAGAAUCAGCUCUUAGGUAUUCUUUAGCACAUCAACAACUAGAGGCACAUAUUCAGUUAGAAUAUGGUGUUAGAUUUUUCGAAGGUUAUAUUCAGGUUAGUGCACGUGUUGACAACAUACGACUCCAUGUAGUGAAAUUAGGAUUUAAUAAUAAUGAAGAUAAUACUGAUGUGGAAUUUCGUGAAGAGUUGUAUUUUCCUUCGAGAAUUGAAUUCUGGGUUGGGCCAGAGCUUGGGUCUAAUUAUGUGACAAGUUUAAGUUUGGGAAAAUCAACGAUCAAUACAGAACGAGAAGUCGAAACGCAAAAAUUAGUGAAAGGAAGUUUUGGGAAAAUGAAGAAUCCUAAAGUGAAAACUAUGUCAAGAACUUCAACUAAAAUGAAGAUGAAGAAUUGGAGAUGUGACCAAGAUGUUCAAGGAAAUACAGCAAUAUUUGAUGCAGUUUUCUAUGAUAAUACUAGUGGUAUUGAAGUGUAUAACACAAAGUUAAGUGGUGGUGCAACUACUAGUAACAAGUCAAGAGAUGAUUUGAGUAAAAGGUAUUCAAGAGUGAAUAGGCCUUUUAUGAAAUCUGGUGGACUUGUUUUUACUGGGAAUGAGUAUGGAGAAGAUGUGAAGUGGAGAUUGAGCAAAGAAAUGGAAGGAAGUGUGCUAAAGUGGAGAAUUGGCAGCAAAAUUUGGUUGACUUAUUGGCCAAGUGAUGUAGAGAGCUCUUAUUACGAAACUAGGUGCAUAGAAUGGAUUAAUGAGGUUGAUCUGCCAUUAAUUAAUUCCUAACUGUUAGAUUUAGUACUAGAAAAUAAGAUCCAUGUAUUAUAAGUAUAGAUUAUCACCUUGUGAAUGUACAACAACUAAUUAAUACU